AUGGCUGAGCCCCGCACCGACUUUAGAAGCCGCCGGAGAGUUGGAUAUAAAUCCCUUCCCGACCCGCGGCAGUUUCAAAGGCUCCUAAUCUCUCUUCUUGUGGUCAGCAGCAUGUUGGCGACGGAAGGGCCACCACACCAAAAGAAGCGCCUGGGGUUCCGCAAAGCAUGCUUCAACUGCCGAAAAAAGAAACAUCGUUGUGAUGGAGCAAGACCCGAAUGCUCCGACUGCCGCAGCAGGGGACUUGAUUGCAAGUACGAGAGACCUGGAACAACCGAGCGUGCAGCAACAUCCGAGCGUCCCUCGUCCACGAGCUUUCCGCCAGAUUGCUCUGCCAAUGUGAGCGGUGCGGCCUCUAGCGAUGGCCUCGUCGACCCGAGAGUUGCUUGCUCAGGCGCUGAGCUCCAGAAUCUGCUGUCUGAACCUAGCGUGCACUCGGUGCCACUUGAGGAUGGCGCGGUGCCUGGCAACCAUACUGCUGUCUCAUCGAGAGAAAUAAGCAAUGGCACUGGUCCAAGUCCUGCUCUUCAGAGCGCCGCUUCUCGAACCACCACGCAACCAACCGGGUUCUUCGGCGAAUCCUCAUCAUUCAAGUUUGUUUCCAAGAUCGGUUCGGGAAAGGCGCUCGGCCCCAGCAUGCAAACGACCCCAGUUCGGAGCCCGAAGAUCGUGCCGACGUCUACACCAUUUGCAGCAUCAGAACCUCUUUUGCAAGGUGCAGAGGACAUUCGGCAAGGACUCCCUCCACAGAAUUUCGCCAACCAAUUGGUGGACGCCUACUUCGAGCACGUGCACCGCCUCUAUCCAUGCCUUCACGAACCCAGCUUCCGCAGCAAGUAUGAGAAUCUAUGGACGGGUAAUCGCCAAGAUGAUCCAACAACGAUGGUUUGGUCGGCAAUUGUCAAUAUGGUAUUUGCCUACGGAUACGAAUUCUGCGCUGAGCAGCGCGGCAAGGACCAUCCCGAACAAGCUGCGCUUUUUGUCAAACAGGCAAGAAGCAUCGUGCUGGCCCAUGUGUUCGGAAGCCCGAGUCUUCAUAUUGUCCAGGCUCUUCUGUUGUUGUGCCACUAUCUCCAAGGCACCCUCGAACUCAAUGAAUGCUGGAAUCUUGCGGGCUUGAUGUUCCGAAGUGCCUUUGGCAUUGGUCUGCACAUCGACCCGCCUACUUCUGGCUCGAUGGCUGUCAUCGAGAAAGAGGAGCGGAAGCGAGUUUGGUGGGCUUGUUUUGUGUUAGACCGGACUUUGAGCAUGAAGUUUGGUCGACCCCCUUCAAUCAACAUGGAGGAUGCGAGAGAGGUUGAUCUCCCUUUAGAGGUCGACGAUCAGUAUAUUGGGGAGAAAUUCCCGGUACCCAGGCAGCCGUAUGGCCGUCCCUCAAGGCUGUCCUUCUUUGUCCAAACCAUCAAGUUAUCCGAAGUCAUCGACAACAUCCUGUCCAGUUUGUACCGUGACAAUCCCAGGUCAAAACGGUCUCAUCAGAACUUGUGGUACCCUGACCGGCCUCAAGAAGCCACAAAAUUAGGCCAUACCGUUCUCUUGGAUGGGCAUCUCCAGGCUUUCUGGGACGCCGUGCCGACUCAUCUCAAGGACGCCCCUGAUCUGCGUGACGAUAAGGACUUCCAGAGCCAACGACUUGUUAUGCGGAUACGGUACCUCCAGAUGAGGCUCCUCCUUCAGCGGCCCUGUUUCGUCCUCUUUACCAAAAAGAGGAUUAAAGGGGAUUACCUCACGCAGAUUGCACUCGCGUCAUCCCAGGUAUGCGUCGCGGCGGCGCGAGAAACAAUCCAAUUAAUACACCAGAAUUUUCACCGGCGCUUACUUAACCCACUAUGGUAUAACUUGCAUUACGUUUUCACCUCGCUCGGCGUGCUGAUCACUGUUCAGGGACUGGAGAAGGCGGCUCGGGAGCUAUUGUCAUCUGACGAAGAUGUCGGCAUCUUGAACGUGGGAAUUGAGUUUCUACGUUCCGCCAGCAGCCAUAGUUUCCUGGCCUCACGAUAUCUAGCACUGCUCCCACGUCGUGAGUUCCAUCCUCGGCAGAAAAAUGCUGCAGGGCAGGUGCAUGAUCAGCAAAAAGACGACAACGGAACUGGAAGCAACAAUCAUGAAUCCAAUCUCGAGGAAGACGGUUUGGAAUACCAGCCGACGCCACAGACAGACUCUAGGUUAGAGAUUUCGGAUAUAAUGGUCGCCAGCACUGGUGAGAACUACGACUUCAGCCAAUUCGACCCUUUGUGCUCUUGGGACUUGCUAUCAGGGCCGGUGCUGCGACAAGAGUUCCUGCCCCCUGGUUGGUCCACUUAUGAUGCUAUGAUUUAG